ACUGAAAAUACACUUGGAGCAAAGACGACUAAAAUCACAGAGGACGAUUUUCAGCUGCAGAAGUUAAGGCAAGAAAAUGCGAAGCUGAAAUAUUGACUGAAUAUUGUACAACGAGCCUACAAAACAGAAACUAGUAAGACGGAGAAGAAAGCCAUUAAAUCCUACAAUCUUCGUGGAUAUCUGGAAAACAAGAUGGUUGGAAAAAAUAUGAAGAAUAAUAAAGUUGAAACUGGAAAAAACGAAGAAACAACUGAUAAAAGAAUCGAAGAAACAACUGAUAAAAGAAUCGAAGAAAGGUUGACGAAUGAAGACGAUAUUUGUAAGAAUGGAAAACAAGAAACAGUAGAAAAUGUCUCUGUUCAAAUUGUGAAAGGAAAAAUUGAGAAUGGUCUUCUUGACAACUCAGGAUGCUUUCUCUGCGGAAUUAAAGCAGAAACUUCCUGUCCUCGGUGUGGUGUAGAAGCAUGUUCAAUUCACCUUUCUCAGCAUAAUGGUGUACAAGAAGGAGACGAGGUCGUCUGUCUACCCUUCAGGGUAGUCUGGAGAGAGAAUGUUGGUCGGUGCGUUCUAGCAACCAGGGAUAUUCAACCAUUAGAGUUAAUUCUGCAAGACAAACCAGUGGUAUUAGGACCUAACUAUGAAACAGAAGCUGUCUGUGUCAAUUGCUUAGGAAGAGUUGAUGGCACCUGUAUAUGUGAGCACUGUAAUCUACUGUUCUGUGGUGAGACCUGUAAAAAAUCCUAUGAAACCAGUUUACAAGAUAACAGCAGCGCUACAACCGGCGUCCUGCAUGCCACAGAGUGUGCAGCUUUCUCACAGAUGGAGAAAAAGUUCUGUGUGGAAAAUGUUGCUCCUGGUACAGUAGCUUAUGAAUAUGGGAGUAUAACUGUACUUAGGCUCCUCUCCCUCAGAGAUUCGGCUCCUGCUGAAUGGGCUAGGUUACAGGUCCUCAUGGACCAUGAUGAAGAGCGAAGGAAAGAGGAGGUUUACUGGAACAUGUUUCAGGUCAAUAUCGUUGAUUUUCUCCGUAAACGGUGUAAACAAGCUGAUAAGUAUUCAGAAGAAGAAAUCCACUGGGCAAUAGGAAUACUCCGUACAAAUGCGGCAAAUGUAGAACGUCCGUACAUGGCUCGGCAGGGUACCUCAGGCAAGGCGAUCUACCCAACCUUCUCCUUCUUCUCUCAUUCGUGUAUUUGCAAUGCAAGAUAUAUUAUUCGACCUGAUGAUACAAUGGAUUUACGAGCCCAAGUCCCAAUAAGACAAGGAGAGGAGAUAACUAUCCAGUAUAUUUCAUUUCUUUUCGGAAAUGUGAGAAGAAGGACGGACAUUAAGAACUGUUGGCUGUUUGAAUGCCAAUGUGUGAGAUGUCAAGAUGUAACUGAACUGGGAACCUUUGUUAGUGCUUUGCUGUGUCCUAAAUGUGAAGGGUCUGUUCUCCCAAAAUCCAGUUCUUUGGAUGAAUCAGAAUGGGAGUGCAUUAAGUGCAAGAAUAUUAUACCUGACUCAGAAGCAAUACAAAUCUUUUCAAAACUGGAGAAAACGAUGUUUGAUACUUUUGAUACUGAUGUUGCUAAAUACGAAGCAUUACUAGAAGAAUACAGGAAGAUACUGCAUCCAAACCAUUUUCAGCUGAUAAACCUGGAUCUAGUUCUAGAAGUUGCUACUGAAAUCUAUCUACAGAUCAGCUGA